CUUUAUUGAAAGAUGUUAGAUGUAAGUAAUGAAAAUAAUCAUAAAUAGAAAAAAGACCAGAGCAAGUUCUAAAAUUUUCUACUUUAAUUGAAAGCUUUAGUUGAUUCAUUUUUGAUUCCAAGCCCAGAACCAGAGGAAUAACCAAAGCCAUAGGUCACAAAAGCAAAAAAAUAAAAAAAACAAAAAGAUCCUCUUGCUCCAAAAAUGCCUAAAUCAGCCUUCAUUUUUUACUUUUAGGACAAGAAGGAGAAAUUUUAAUCAUAAUAUCCAAGUCAUUAUUACAUGUAAAACUAGAUUUACAAUUUUAAGAGAUCACAAAAUUGAUCGCUAGUGAAUGGAAAGAUUUGCCUAAAGAAAUCCAAUAGGUAUCUUAACAAAAAAAUAAUUAGCAAUAUCAUGAUCAAGCAGAAUAAGAUAGAAACCGGUACUCUUAAGAAUAAGAGUUAUAUCAAACACAAUCAGGAAAAUAAGUAAAUGGAAAGAGUCAAACAAAAGCAAAUAAAUCGAGUGCGAAAAAAGAGAAAAUUGUAAAAACUCUUGAUCAAGAAGAAGAUAAUGAUUCUUUUGGUGCAGACAUAGGCCAGGACUGAUAUCUAUAUAAGAA